GUGCCUUGCCCACCUCCAAGCCCAACCUCCCCAAAGCUUCACAAGCUUCCGAUGGGCUCUGCCGCCUCUGCGUCGCCGGCGCCCAGUGCCCGGGUGGUGUUGCAGUCGAUGCAGGCUCGCGUCAGCCAGUUGGAGGCCGAGAAGGUCGUCAGCGAAGGCAGCUUGGGACGCUUGAAGGAGUGCCUUGAGGAGGCCCUCAAGGUCUGUCCCCGCGGAGAUACUGGGUCCCGAGCAAGCGCUGCCAUCCAGGAGCUCUCGAGGCAAUGCGUUGCCAUUGCCGAGGAGGCGGGGCUCUUUUCUGUGGCUGUGGCCGAGCUGCUCUGCGAGGGCCUUGCUGCCGCAGCGGUGGCCGAUGUGCUGGAGCCACUGGGGCCGGUGCUGGAUAGCUUCGCGGUGCAGAUCAUGGCCAGCCUGUGGCGCCUCGAUGAAAAUGUCCAGCCAGAGUGGAGCCUCGAACGCUUCGGGCGCCCGGGGAAGCUGUGCUUCGCGGACAGCACCCAGCCCUUCCAGAGGCACGCCUUGGAUCUGCGGCUCCACCAGGGGCUCCAGGGCGUAUGCGCCUGGGUGCUUGCGCUGCUGGUGCGGGCCAUGGAGAGUGGCGCCGUGGCUGGAACGGGGUCUGCUGCGCACCUCUGGGACUUCGUGAACUGCGACGCCCUCUGCGCUGUGAUCUUCGGCAAGAGUGCCCUGUGCUUCCAGCAGGGGUGCCGGGAGACGGCCUGCGUGCGGAUCCCCCACGACCUGCCGAAGCUGCGCCGGGCAGUGCUGGUGGCGCUGCUGGGCCUCCACAGUCCCACCAUCGCCUUCCAUGCGGACGCAGACGCGGAGGACGUGAGCAUGGCGCGGCGCAACGAGGAGCUUCUGGCGCACUGCGCGCUGCUUGCGGCCGUGGCGCAGGAGAAUGGUCUCCUGGACACGAUCCUCGCUUUUGACUGGGCCGAGAGCCGUGACCUGGUCCCGCUGCUGGGUUCCCAGCUUGCGGCCAUGGCAGCUGCCUCCUCGGCCUGCGUGCCGGAUCUGCAGGAGGCGGUCGUGGAGUUCCUGGGGCGGCUGAGGCUCAGGUCCGGAAUCAUUUGGGACAUCCUGAGCUUGCAGCCCUGCCCUACCCGGAGCUUCCUGCGGGACUGUGCGCGCCUCGCCUACUAUGUGCCGCCUUCGCAGGAGCUGGCGCUGCACCUUGCGGCCGACGCCAUGUCUGGGCCGCUGGACGCCACCAUGAUGGGGGCCUCCUGUGUGCUGCUGGCCAACGCAGGGGUUAGUCCAGCGGCUGCCGGACUCUUCGUGCAGCACCUAUCGGAGCUACCGGAAGACCUCCGGGAGCAGGUGAGGGGCUUCAUCUGCCCGGCCAGCUGUGCCGUGGGCCAGGCCAGAACGGAGUGGCUGGGCUUCUUUGGGAAGGCAGAGGACAAGAGGACGGCGCCGCCGGAGAGGGCGGCCGGUCCCACGGGGCUCCGAGAGCUGCUGACGGAGGUGCCGCCGGAGUUCCGAUGCGCGCUGGACGGCAGGCUCUUGGUGGACCCAGUGAGGGCCCCUAGCGGACGAGUUUACGAGCGCUCCGUCUUAGCUGCUGCACUCGAGAGAGGAGACCCGCGGCUUCACUCGGGCACGCCCUUCGCCUUGCAGGACUGCAAACGAGAUGCAGGUCUUCGGGCAAGCAUCGUCGAGUGGGUGCGGAAGAGUCACGCGGCGUCCCUGACCCCUGCGCUCCGCGGCCUGAACCGGCGCCUCGUCCCGGCCGCAGCCGUGCAGCGGAGAUUCUUGAACCUCCACGAGUAUCAGGCCCAGGAGAUUUUCCAGAAGUUUGGGGUGGGGGUGCCGAAGAACCUCCCGGCCUUCUCCGUGAGCGAGGCAGUGGAGAAGGCCAACGAAAUGCCCGGGGACGAGGUCGUGGUCAAGGCGCAGGUCCUGGCUGGCGGCCGCGGCUUGGGGUACUUCAAGGAGAACAACUUCCAGGGCGGCGUUCACAUUGUUCCCAAGGCCAAGGUGGCUGAGAUCGCCGAGAAGAUGCUGAACAAGACGCUCAUCACCAAGCAGACCGGGGAGGAGGGCAAGCCCAACAACACGCUGCUGCUGGCCGAGAAGGUGUCCAUCAAAGACGAGAAGUACUUCGCCAUCCUCAUGGACCGCGCGAGCGGAGGUCCCCUGAUGAUCGGCAGCAAGACGGGCGGCACCUCCAUCGAGGACAUCGCGGCGGCGGACCCCACCGCCAUCAUCAGGACACCUGUGGACAUCAUCUCAGGCAUCAACAUGGCCGACGCCGAGAAGAUGGCGACGGAGAUGGGCUUCUCGGGCGCGCAGGCCAAGGAGGCGGCAACACUGAUGGCCAACCUCUACAAGGUCUUCAUGGAGUGCGACUGCACCAUGUUGGAGAUCAACCCAUUGGCUUCUUUGUCCGAUGGCCGUGUGCUGGUCUGCGACUCUAAGGUGAACUUUGAUGACAACGCGGCCUACCGUCAGAAGGACAUCCACGCCAAGCGGGACACCAGCCAGGAGAACCCCAUCGAGGUUGAGGCCAAGAAGUACGACCUCAACUACAUCAAGCUGGAUGGCAACGUGGCUUGCAUGGUCAACGGCGCCGGCCUGGCCAUGUCCACCAUGGACCUGCUGAGCAUCCUGGGCGGCAGCCCCGCGAACUUCCUGGACGUUGGUGGCGCCUCCACCGUGGAGACCAUGACCAUGGCCUUCAAGAUCAUCAUGGGUGAUCCCAAUGUGAAGUCCAUCUUCGUGAACAUCUUCGGCGGCAUCGCCCGCUGCGACCACAUCGCCGAGGCGGUGGUUGCGGGAGUGAAGGCCAUUGGCGGCAACGACGCCAUCAAGCCUCUGGUGAUUCGCCUGGAAGGCACCAACGUGGAGGCCGGCAUGGAGAUCAUCAAGAACAGCGGGGUCGACGCCUUCCUGACCAACGACUUCACCACGGGCGCCAAGAAAGCCGUGGAGCUGGCGAGUGCUUCCGGGUUUGCCACCCGAGCAGCGAAGGUGGCCCGGCACAAGCGGCAGAAGUUGCAGUAUCGGUUUGCGAAGGUCCGGGAGUACCAGCGGAAGGAGGCCCCGGGCGACUUCCCCGUCCAGCUGCGGCCUCACAAGCUGCCGGAGGUUCGGGACCUCCAUGACCAACAGCUGGAUAUGGAGGCUGUCGAGACCGAGAAGGAGCCCAAGUUGGGAAAGGCGGCGCCAGCGACGCCGCCGCGGAUGGUGGGCACCGAAGACGACACGGUCAAGGCCAGCGCCUUGCGCCAAAAGAGGGCCAUGCCAAACGUGAAGGUUCCACGCUUCAACCCAGAACGGGACCUGGGCGAGGAGGCCGGCGCCGAUCUGCGGGCCUCCAAAGCGCGAGCUCUGGCACGGCUGAAGCAGAAAGAGUUCAAGUUUGUUCCGAAUCCCUACAGCGAGCGACCAGGGCCGCUUGGAACCGAUCCAGAGGCCGAAGCCAGCUACUAUGCGCGGUACUUCGACGGGCGCCCGCCGCACUACGACCGGAAGCCGCUGCUGCCCACUGCGGAUGGGGCACCAGAGGACUUUGUGGACGCGCGGCGCCCACUGAGAAGGCGGCAGCGCAUCUCGCCGAAGCACUUCUGGAUCCAACCCGACUACAUCACGCCGGACCCCCCUUCAGUCGCCUUCAUGACCACGCACGAGCUGAAGUUUGCCAUGAUGAACGAGGCCCACGUGGUGCGCAAGUGGCGCAGCGGACAGCCGAAGGACCAGACGCCGGGCCUUCCUGGCCGUGCUCCUGGCCUGCCGGCCGGGGCAGCGGAGCUGUGGCUGGCCUUCGGGUACCGCGCGGCGGAGCUGAGCUGCGGGCGCUCUGUUCGCCCGCUGCCCGGGGAGCCGUUGCCAGGAUCCGAGGGCAAGGUGCCGCGGAUCCGAUGCAGCCUCCACAGCACGCUGCGCUUUCUCCAGGCAAUGGCUUCAGUGCAAGCAGGGCCUCACAGUGCCUUGCUGCACCUCACCAACAGAGUGCUGGAGAACCUCAAGGAGCUGAAGCCGCAUCAAGGCUUUUACAUCCUGCAAGCCAUGAGCCGGCUUCGCCUGAAGCACCCCAAGGCAGGGCGGGUGCUCCAGAAUCUGAGCCUCGCUUGGCGUGUGCUGCCCGAGAAGAACUUUGUGCGGAGCUGCAACGCCGUGGCCAAACUGGGCCUCGCUCAGGAGCUCUGGGCGAAGCCUCUGAAGCUGACGCUGCGCAGCUGGCUGCCGCGCCUGGCGCCGAAGCACCUGGGAAACCUCAAGGCGAUUUCUGUCAUGGAGCUCUGCGAGGACGAGGCGAUGCUCAGCUACCUGGAGUGCUGCGAGAACGCGAGGAAUCACUUCGUGUACUCCCGGCAUUUGCAAAUGGUGGAGCUGCACGUGCACCUGCUGUAUCCCAAGCUCUGGCGGACCUUAGGUGACAACCUCCUGCUAUUCCUGCAGGAGGUUCGAGAGGCUGCACAAGACAGCCGCGACCGGGUGGAGGACUCGGACUCGGACGACGAGCCGAGCUUGGUGACGGGCUUCAACCCAAGGCGUUUCAACUCGGAGUUGCACGAAGACAUCAGUCGGACCUUGGUGGCCCUAGGCGUGCAGCACAGCAACCGCCUGCGCGCGGGACCAAUGGUGCUGGACGCCCACUUGGGGCAGAUGCACGUGCUCGAGGCAGCGCCCAGGUGGCAAUUCUACCUGCGGUCUGUGGAGCCCACUGCGCUGGCACGGCGGCGCCAGGAGAUGCUGAGAGCCAUGGGCUUCCAGGUGACGCUGAUCCCGUACCACCGCUGGGAGACCUUGGAGGGCUUGGAUGCUAAGAAGAGCUUCCUGCAGGAGAUGCUGCCCAAGGAGGCGCGCGAAAGUGAUGCUCACCCUUUCGAAGCCUAUCCCAACAAAGGGCCCUUCAUGUGA